AUGAGGGCCUUCUCAAGCAACUGCACGGCUCCUCCGGACGUUGUCGCCUUCGUGAGAAGUCCAAACAUUCGAGGCACAUUCGAUAUCAUAUGGAGCUGUCUUCUCGUCCUCAUCAUUUGCACAUGGUCUGUUCUUCAUCUCAAUGUACCGGCGCAAUCUACCGUGAAGCCCGGCACCUGGGCGAAAUACAAGAGAGAUAUUUGGAGAACUGGGACCAAAAUCAUGUGGAUGUUUAUCACCCUCAUUGCUCCCGAGUAUAUACUAGGGAAAGCCUGGAGCGAAUAUCGCUCGGUCAAGUGUCUUGCAAAGCGGUUCGAGGUCCAGAGCGAAAUCGAUGACGUCCCCUGGACCGCAAUGCAUACCCAUUUCGCCAAUAUGGGUGGCUUCACCAUCAAAUUCAACUCGGUUUCCAGCGAGGCUGCAGCUCAAGCUCAACGAGAAGCCUCUGAAGUUGAGCUCCGAGAUUUACCCCAGCUUGGCUCAACCGAAGUCGUCGCAACGCCUGUUGCUUUCUAUGGUGACUGUGCCGACAACAACACCAUUAAGCGAUCCCAAGUCUUGGACACUAGGUUGAACUGGAUCCCAGAAAAGAGUGACUGGGUCGACUGCAAGGUCGUCCAUAUAGACCUGAACAAACUAGGAGUCAGAACAUUCGUCUCUGCCAAAGCCACGCAUAAAUACGCAGCUUGGCUGUCGCGCGUCAUCGGUGAUACGGGUUGGCACCUCGACGCCACAAACAGCGCACUGGUGGACUCUGCCAUCGAGACAUUUAAUCUGAGCCACUUUGACACUAGAAGUGAAUUCCUCAGGUUCAAAGAAAACAGCAUCAUGUGGGCUUGGAACGUGCGCAGUCUCCGCGGGAACAUCUGGGUCUUGGACGCCAACCAGCUGCUGUUGGCCCGUGAACUUGGAAUCAUCGACCGGCUUCCCUUCCUCGCCUCAGAUGAUCUUGGUGAUCGCAACAAGCAGGACUUGUUCCUCAAAGUUAUGGCGUUGGGUCAGAUUGGCUGGUUUGUGCUCCAGAUUGCCGUGAGGCUUCACCUACAACUCCCAACCACGCUCCUCGAGGUCAUGGUUCUUGCAUUUGCUGCUUGUACCGUCAUCACCUACUAUCUGCUCCUGGACAAACCAAACAACGCAUCCUACUCGAUCACUUUACCGGCAUCUCGUUACCCGCAAACAGUGGCUGAUAUAGUCCGUCUCGCUGCAUGCGGCCCAGUAACUGACUGGUUGGAAGCAUUGCACAUACGAGCUGGGCUUCUGCAGCUUCCGUCAUUGUUUUCGGCGCCAUCCACUUGA